AGCCACCCGGCCACCAGGCGAUUAAUCGCCAAGUAUUUUGUAGUCGAGGCCUGUUUUUCACUUCUUCUUCAUUCUCGCCCCAGAACCAAACAAAGAAACCCCCCGACCUGCCAACGCCAAGGCAGGCGACGUGGAUUCGUCUUGUUUUUUCGUUUUUUUUUUUUCCCUUCCCUCCCCCUCUUCCCUGGCGUUAGGUCGGUGGCCACCUGCGACGCCAUCUAUCGUCGUAAUUUCAGUUCAGUUCAAUUCAAUUCAAACUACCUGCCUACAUUACCUAUUACCACUACCUUGGCUAUAGUGGUCGUCUUCCGUCUCGCCCGCCUUGUCGCACAAGGCCCCAAAUUAUGACACAUCGUCGUCUGAGGCCCAGCAUCCUCUAUCCGAACUCCCACAAAGCUGCAACAUUGAGCAGUCCCUGAAGUUUGCUUGCUCAUUGGCGCCGUUACACCCUGCUUGAUGAUGUGGGAGGCCGUUUCCUGGACCCAUUCAGGAGCCAACCGCCGGUGUUUAGCACACCUAGGAGAACCCAGUCCAGAGGUGGCGCCUCUCUCUCUCACCGACUCGCUCGACUCCGCACAAACACGCACGCAGCACUGCCGCGUCGCCUGCCCAUUUGUUGUAACUGUAAACAAUCGACAGCAGCACGCUCGAGUCGAGUGAGGGGGUGCACAGUCGGGCAACGCAAACGCUGUUGUUGCUGCUAUUUGCCCAUUGACGGGGAAUCAUGUCGACAAAUACGGAGACAACUCCCCAGACUGCACACGUUACCACACAACCUUCCUCCGUUUCGGCGUCCACGGGUGGUGCUGCCCUUGAGGCACCCUCGGCUGCGACGCCCACGUCACCGAGCCGAUCGCGCAAAGUUGCGCCUCUCUUAUUGGGUCCUAUCGCCCACCAGCCUUCGGACCCGACUGCUUCCGAAACCGUGAGCGCGAUAGUUGACGCGCAACACACGACGCAGCAAUUUGCACCUCGUCAAUCACAGCUUCAGCAGAUACAGCCGCGACCAUCCUCCGUCGACGCGGGCCCGCCUCCGUCACCAUCCGGUGCCAUUCCAUGGACGGGUCCUACCUACGCCAACGGUUACAAGGACGGACGCGUUAAAGACCCAAUCCCCAGCAACCUUAGGGGCAAGGCCAACCCACAAGGUGGUAGCUUUAGUGUUAUGCAUAUUGACAUCAACACAGCCGAGGCGAAAAGACGGGACGAAAUUGCGAAACGUACCAGCGAGAGGACAGAGCGUGCGGCCAAGAUGGCGCAGAUGGCCGGAUAUACGUCUUUUUCACGGAGGAGACUCGACGAGGCACCGAACUCACCGGUUGCCAACCUGUCCAGUUCCUCUAUGAGCAUGACAUCAACCGCCACCCCGAAUGCACAGACUGGUCCCCGACAGACCAGUCUUGACCCGAAACAAACCAAAGAGGAGCAGGCGCGCCUGUUGACUCUCCUUCGAACCCUCAACCCAGUUUCAGUCGUCGAUCAGCUCUGCAAGGGACUUGCCUAUUUCGGUGGUAUUCCAGGUGCUCCUCCCCCCGAGGAUGGUGUUUUCCCGGAAAGUGCUGAGAAGAACGGCUUUGGCAACCAAUUUGUUGGCUUUAUAGCCGAGAUAUUCCCACAUCAGAUCAGCAACCAGGCUUUGAACAUGAGCCCGACGCGGUCAUACUCUUUACUUCAAGACACUGUUGACGACGCCUCCAUGCCUCCGAAGAACAUGUCUGCAUCACCGCCCAAAGAACCCGCAAAACGACCAAGAGGUCGUCCCAAGGGAAGCAAGGCCACCAAGGUCCGUAAGGACAAGGGUAUGAGGAAAGUCCUUGCCAAAGUGCCUACGGGCCCCGGUGGUCCGAUGGACCACACAUCCUCCGUGGAUGUUGAUUCAAGCUGGGUCGAUGUGGAAGAGAACGUAGAACAUACACCAGGCGGGCAUGGAGCUCCCGGUCACAUGGGACCCACGGGCGAUCUAUCCUCGAUUCCGAAAAAGAGAGGAAGGCCCAAGGGAUCAAAGAAUCGACCAAAGGAACAUACAGGGGACCCAAACGCAAAUGGUGAUAUGGGUACUCCCAACUAUAAAAUGAAAAAGCCCAAGAAGCAGAAGAACGGGGCUGUCGAUGAUGGAGAGCCUUUCGAUAUGAAUGGCCAUCAUCAAGGCAACACGGCCGAGUCUGCCAUGGCGGCCAUGAGGUCGCUACAACACGCGAACAGUAUGGCUACUACACUCACGCCAACCAAUCAGCCCAACUCAACCACAUACAUGAGCCCACCAGCCCAUACAGUAGGCACACCGACCGGAGCAAAACGGAAGAGAAAUCCCAUGACUGCUUCGAACCCGGAUGAGAAUGGACCAGAGACAGCCGGUCCUGGCAUGGGCGGAAUGCCACAUUCUUCCAUGGCCAAUGGGCAGCUGCCACCGCCGGUUGCCAUGUCUCAGCCGCCCCAUAAGCGCCAGCGGCAGAGCAGAGACGGAAUUAGUAUAUCAGGAACACCUGGAAAUGUGUCUGGUGCACCAUCAGAACCGACUCUCCCUGUUGUCGGAGAUGCCGUGGUAGGUGAUGAUGGUUUUGAAAAUCGAAUUUCAACAGUUACCAAUGAUGAUAUCGAGACGUUUGAGGCGCUCCAGUCCCAGCUUGAACAGGAGACGGAGAGAUCUCGUGUUCAAAAUCAUAGCCCUCACGGGCAAGUACCUUUGUCCCAGUCACGUGGGCCGAAUCACUACGAGAACUCCAACCACAGCUUACCCCUGGGGACGCAGCAUGGCAGUACUCAUGUCUCAGAGACCGAGAGCCGUACCAAUGGCUCGAGUCAGCAAUUUCAGCAGCAGCAGCAGCAGCAGCAACAGCAACCGCCGCCGCCGCAGCAGCAGCACCAUACACAACAGACGCGGCCACUUUCGGUUUCGUCUCAGCCACAACAACAGGCCCCAAUGCAACCUCCCCGCAGCUCAUCACAGCCCUACUACGCGCAGGUCGACAGUAAUUCCUCGUACUCACAGCAGCCUCAACAAUCCCGGCCGCAGACACAACAGCAGCAAACCUCAUCGCAGCAGUUCCCACCACAGUCUCAGUCUCAGACUCCUCAGCAUUACAACUCACAACAGUCUCGGCAACAGCAACCGUAUAACUCAUAUCAGCAUUCGCCUCAGAGUUACAAUGCGCCCCAACAGACGACUUCGAGAUAUCCUCUCUCCCAACAACAGUCUCAGCAACAACAGAGACAUCAACCACAAAGGCUGACGGCAAACACAGCAGUCAAUGACACGGCUUACAGGCCAAGCAGUAACACCCCAGCCGUAGGCUUCAGCUCGCCUUCAUUCGGCUCUCAGCAUGGCAGCCAACAGGCAUCGGCAGCGCCCUCGGUGAACACAUACGCCCCUACUAGAACGAACUCUUAUAGCAGCACGCCCAUGCGUCAACGGCAGUCGCAGUCUGGCCCGGUAUCUCAUAGUAACAUGUCAACCAACAUGGAAUCAUUCCACGGCUUUGAUACUGGCACCAACUCACUGUUCGACAACAUGGGUCUUGAUCCUUCGUCUCAUGCGCCGCUUGGAAUGGCCGCUCCGUAUAACCUCAACAGCGGCGGUGGAGUGGCGCGCUCUUCUUCAGGCUCUACAACAGAUUUUGGUCAAAAUUUCCCCACGGAUAGAUACUAUAAUGGUGUUCGUCGCUAG